AUCCCGCGACGAAGCGCCGAGCCAAAGCGCGUGAAGAAAGAAAAGAGGCACGUGAGAAUGCACGCGGGCACACGCAGGUAUAAUAUCGAGCAGACAACCAUAACAGCGCGCGCGCGAGCGCGGAGAACGGAGUGGCCGGAGGAGGGAAGAAAGAAAGUGCGCGUCGCCGGGAGAAAAGCGCCGGCUGCUGCUGGCGCUGUUUUCCCUGGAAUCGGCGAAUCGGCGGCGCUCGCCGAAGAAAGAGAGGAGGUGGAGGAGCCGCACACGUAUACACACAGUCUACUCUCUCCUCUUUGACCCGGCGUCGACUCGAGCGCUUCUUCCAUCCCUCGGCUUAGUUCGCUCGCGCCUUCCGCUUCCGCGGCACGCGCUUUUUGUCGGCUCUCUCGCCUGCGCUCCGGCUUAUGUGCUCUGGAUACACACGUCCUUGAGCCAAUUUUUUUGCUCUGUCUUCUUCGUCGUAAACGAGCGCUGUAGUUCUCCAGAGUACGAGCAGUGUAGGAUAUUUUACGCAAGCUUGCCUCGAAUGUUCAGUACCAGUGUGGGAUAGUUGCUUUAUACAGAAAGAGAGAAAAUUGUGCGAGGAGAUCGAUCGUUGCCGAGUGUCCAGUGUGGAGUUCUAUAUGAUAUGAGAGGAAGCAGGAAGCUUGAGCGCUAGGAGAAUUAAUCGACCAGACAGGCGAUGGACUUUCGACUCUGCAUGUUGCUGCAGGGUCUGUCGUUGUUGCUAUUGCUGGUCCACACCAGCUGCUCGUGUACUAAGACCAGCAGGGACGGCCCAACCAGCUCUCCCCGGCACCAGCAUCAUCACCAUGUCCUACACCAUCAACAGCAUCACCGACCUUCGCGCCAACUGCAGAGGCAAUCGCGUGGUCUCAGCGAGUUCCUAGUGCCACCUCCAGCGCCGGCCAAUUUCAGAGGUCCCCGAGGUCCUUCUUCUCUACCUCCGCCUAAGAACAAUAAUCACAACCAACCUCCGCCACCUCCCCUGACACCUCCACCUCUAUCACCGCCUCCGCCGCCGCAACACACUAGGAACGGAAGGUACGUGAAUCAGCAGGGAGGAAACGGCGGUAACAACAACAAUGGCUCGGGAUACUUUUCCAAGCUGAUGGACUGGCUCAACCCUUUCACUGGUGGUGGCAACGGCAAUAAUAACGACGCCAUAGGCAAGGAUAGUGUUGGCUUAGGCGGCUCGAAUUACCCAAAGCUACAGCCACCGCCACCACAGCCGCCAGUCGUCCAAUACGCACCGCAACAACCAUAUACGGGUGGAACGGGACAAUAUGAGCCUCCACCUCACCCCGACAAUCUGCAAAAUGGCUAUUCGAAUCUCGCUCCAUGGAUGAAUGGCAAACCCUGUAACCCAUGCAACCAAAUACCCUGGAUUCCGGUUCUCGGCGCCAGCUCGCAGCACAACAGUGACCCAGGCCAGUACGCGGCCAAUGUUGGUGGCGGACGAUACUUGCCUCCACCACCACCUCAGGAAGUGAAGACCCCGGACUUUUCGCAUUCUGUGCCAUCGAGCAAUCAGCAAAACUAUCCAAUACCUAAUCCUCAUCUGUAUCCGGGAGUGAUGCCUCCAUUGUUUAAGGCUGAGCCCUUCAAUGUUGCUCCUGCAGGGUACCAGCCACCUAAUUUGGAUCAACCUCAUUCUCCUAACUUCGAGCAAGUGCCGCCAGGCUUAGAUCAUCAACCUUUGCAGAAUUUUGAUCAUCCACCUCCACCAAACUUUAAUCAACAACCACCAUCACACUUCGAUCAAUCUUCGCCGUCCAAUUAUGAUCACCCACCACCAAACUUUAAUCAACAACCAUCAUCACAUUUUGAUAAAUCUCCGCCAAACUUAGACCACCCACCUCAAUCGAAGUACAACCAACCUCCUCCGAUCAUUAAUCAUCCCCCACAAUCGAAUUACAAUCAAGCUCCAAAUAAUUUGAAUCACCCCGCUCAACAAAACUUCGAUCUACCAUCUCCUCCGAAUUUCGAUCAUCCGCCUCCGCCGAACUUCAACCAUAACCAAUCUCCUCAAAAUUUCGAUCAUCCACCAGAUCUCAAUUUUGACUAUGCAUCCUCAAAUUCGAAUCAUCCUCCUUCGAAUUUCGAUCAACAACCCUCAGAGAUCAUCGAGGACCACCCGCCACCUAACUUUGAUCAUCAAUCUCAAAAUUAUGAUUACAACGGUGGAUCCGACUACGGUAAUCAACAUUCUUCGAAUGACGAUGAUCAACAUCCUCCGUCCAACUUUGAGCAACAUCAUCAACCCAGUCAGAUAGUUGAUGUAGUGAAAGAGGCUCCGACAGAUCUAGACCACAGCGAUAUCAGCGAUCACCAUCACCAGGAGCCGGUUCACGCAGAAUCCCGCCCAGUGUAUGUGAACAGUGCCAAAUCAAGCUCCUCACCCAACGAUAUCGAUCAGCAGCAGCAUCAUCGUCAUCGUCCAACGGCACCUUCUACGCCGAACUAUCAAGAGUCGCAUAAGGGCCCGAUCGUGCACUUCCAACGUUCCCCUUUAAUAGACCUCAGUAAUAUCGGAGAAUCUCCCUCUACUACUACUACCGCUAUCACUACCACGACACCGAGUAGUAGUAGUAGCAGCAGCAGCGGCAGUAACCGGUUUCUCGAUAGCAGGCCUACCGAUCAUAUACCGGUCACGAUCGUGCCGUCGAAAGGGAAACACAGCGGCGAAUCUGCGACUCUGCCGUCGGCUACUUUGAUCGAUUACAUCGUGUCUGGCGCAGACGCGGAGUCGUUCAGCUCGAGCGAGGAGGAAAAGGAAACUAGGCCACCACCGCGACUGCAGAAUGAGAGGAACGCGCUCGUGCUGCCGAGCGCAACGACGACGACCACGACCACAACGACCAGCAGCACCACGACGCAACGCGUAAUGACAAGACCCGUGGAUCAGCGUAGACAGGAGUCACUGAUCGAAACUCUAGUCCAGUCGUACGAGUUCUUCAAGAAGAGGAAUAAUGAGACGCUGACAAACGAGGCGAGGGCUGGCGGAAGGUUCUACAACGAGACGGAGGAUUCGAGCGCGAGCAGGGAAGUCGUUGUGCCCAGCAAGUCGGAGAAUGGAAAGAAGAUUAUUCAGAUAAUAAUUCCGUAUACAUCGCAAUACACCCCGAGUCCCUUCCAUUCAACAAAAUCGGACAAAGAUCAUCACAACCACAUCGAUAGUUCCGCUGCAGCCUCGAAUCACCCAGGAGAUUCCGAAGACUCCGAGUCGCACGACGACAACGUCGAGGAUAACGUGGUAAUUCAGGAGUCACGACGCGUAUCGGUGACGCGAACGGCGCCCAAAGACGAUCUAGAAAGGUUGCGCAAUGGCAACAAGACAGUAUCGGCACCGGGCAACAGCAUCGACGUGCACAGACUGCAGAAGAACAUUGACAACUGGACGAUUCAGGAAUACUCGAAACCCACAACGUCAGUCACGAAUUCGCCUAACUCGACAUAUCCACGUUGGCUGUCAUCCAAACAAAUACCGGAUGAAUAUUUACUGUCGACUACGGAAUACGACGACAGUAACGAGUCUUACGAUUUUAGUAACGAUACGGAAUUACACCGGAGGACGAACAAAUCAGAGGUAACUCCAACCACGAGCAUGAACGCGCCGGACUCGGUGACCAUAAUCGAAGCGAUCUAUCCAAAGAACCCAAAGAAACCGGCGCUGCCGCCGAAGCGCAACAGUCUGAACACCUCCAAGAACUCGACCUCCUCGGAGAAGGUCUACGUGGUAACCCCUGUUCCCAAUCCGAACUCGCUGGAGGACCUCGACGAAGCUUCCUCUAAAGACUCGUCCUCAAAGUCCUCGAAAUCGAGAAAACCCAAAAACAAGGAACCGGUCGAGAGAGCUUACCAGGUGCUGCCGCAAGCGGUGAACAAUCUAGCGAUGCUGGCGAACGCUCCCGAGUCGGCGGCACCGGCUCUCUGGGGUAUCAUGGAACACGAGGCAUUCGCUCAGAGUGCCGAUCAGCCCAGGUGGAGAAGCGACGCCGACGAGCUUCCCGAGCCUGCCUCUACGCCGAUACUCUAUUCGGGACAUUCUAAGGUGUCACGCGCUAGAUCAUGGAUGAUCGGCCAUAAGCACUGCUAUGUGCAGCAGUGAACUUGAACUUGGAGAGAAGGAGGAAGUGCAGACCCAGUGACCGAACUUUGGAAUGACGAAGAGGCUGGACGGGAUUUUAAUUGUUCUUUAAUUGUGCUACGGGAGAAGAUGACACACUGCUGAGAGAAAAUCCUGCGGAGCUAUACUUUUACGACGGUUUAAAGUUAAGAGAUAGCCCGUAUAGCUUUCAUAGAACGUCCGAUUGCCCCUUAUUUUCUAAAAUUCAAAUCAUCUUUUCCGUACGCCAUAAAACAUGGUAUAUCUGUCGUCUGCUGUGUGAGAAAAUCCGCGCGCCUCGUUAAAUCGGAAAUACUCUCGCGGCGUGUUAUGAUCGGAACAGUUGUCGAUCAAGGCGGCCAGCUUGCGAGCGCGCAUUCGCGGGGAGAAAAACGCGACCGGCCUUUAAGUGCCUGUUACAAAUCGACGCACGCGUAUGUGUAAUUGCCGGUACACAGAAUCAAAGGUAUCGUGUGACAGUGCAACAAAGAUAAUUGGAGCUGUCGAUUUCCGAUAUUCAUUUAUGCGCGGACUCUGUAUACUUUUCUCUACUAAUUCUUAAAAGCUGGUAAUGAACUAACGCCAAUUCGUAAAGAAACCCCAUAAAUGAAUAUCCGAUCGAAUAUUCCUCUCGGCUAUAAGCCAAGAUCCAUCCACGUGAAAAAUGUCUAAUUGGCGCGCUUUUCUCGUUAUCGCCGCGCUGCACCUGCGAGCAAGGGAGAAAACGUGCAGCGGCAAGUGUGAAACUCGCACACCGUAAGGACGUGUGCGAGGAAAAGAGGACGGGAGAAUCCCUCGGUACAUCAUCCAAUGGCUACACAUACACACACAUACAUACGCACACACUUGAGAAAGCAGCGUUAGCAAAGGUGAAAGAGACCUGCUGUGCGGCGUAUGUACGUGACCGAGUUAUAACAAACCGGCCCCCCGUAUGUAAGAGAGGAGGAGGAAGAAGAAGACGAGUCACGGCCGCCGCGUAAUGAGCCCGUGUUUAACUUCCUACCUUCUUCACUUUUUUCCGAGGGUUUCUUCUCUCCCCGGCGUACGAUUCAAUUGCGCUUGUAAUUGCACGAGACGAGUGACUGUGUGUGGUUUCACCUUGCGAGCGCGCGCGCGGAAUUUAUGUCCGCGUAUGCGUUUGCGUUGAUCAGGAAGCGUUUGUGUAUAUAAUUAUUAUACGUACUGGUUUUCGCCUGUUGGACGCGGAGUAAAUUAAUGAUUACGUAUGGGGCCGUACGAGCCCGUAAUUAAGGAGGGAAUUAUGAAUCGCGUUAAUCUUUCUUAUAUGCUUGAUACUUAAGUAUGGUUACGCGGGAAACAAGCAAAUCGGUCAUGCCGAGAUAUCGUAAUCAUUGAAUAACCCCCAACAGUUUACUUCGCGUUCGAACCAAUUUGAAUUAACCCUUAUUAUGAAAAUUACUCGUUAUUCCAUAAAUAACAAUGCGAAUCCUCGUUGGUAUAAUGUUUUAGAGCGCCAUGAUGAGUAUAUACGACGAUUAUAUACUUGAUAGUGCUAGUGUGCAAUUGAUGCGUGCAAUUGCAACGGGCUGUUAACGAUUAUCUUGAAUAAUGUGCGAAUGAACUAAUGCUUCUUUAUUUAUUUGCCGAGGUUGUCUCUAAUCGUCUACAGGUAUGUUAUACACGGCUAAGAUUACAUAUGUAUACCAAUGAACGUUUACGAUAUGGAGAGUUGUAUAUUGUAUUUUUUUAUAUUCCUAUGUAAAGAUGAUGUUUAUUAUAAAUAUAUUAAUUCGUAAUA